UAAGAUGUCGUCGAGUCGGUCACAAUCACCUGAAACUCCAAAGGCAGCCAGUGAGGAACGUGAAGAAGAAGAAAAAGAGUCAUCUGAACAGCCAGAUACUCCCAAAACUAGCAGCGAGAAGUCUGCAAGUCGUUCACAGUCGCCCAGAGAAUCGCGGGAAGUGAGCCAAGAGACUGAAACUUCGGAAAAUCAAGAGAAAAUCAAAGAAAAGGAUGACGGGGAUGAUCAGCCUGGCACACCGAACAGCUAUAGAAGCCGGGAAACUUCACCAGCUCCAAAAAGGUCCAAGGAGACCAGAGAAUCAGAGUCUCCUGAAAAAUCACCGGUUCGUUCAAGAUCUCCCAGAAGGUCUUCAGCACGUUCCCCGUCACGAUCUCCUAGACGGCGCCGAGAAAGAAGCUCAGAAAGAAAGCAAUCCGAAGAGCCAGCACCGCUACCAGAGAAAAAGAAGAAAGAGCCGCUGGAUAUUCUACGAACAAGAACCGGAGGAGCAUAUAUUCCACCCGCCAAACUUCGACUUAUGCAACAACAGAUUAGUGAUAAGCAAAGUGAACAGUAUCAGAGAAUGAAUUGGGAAAGAAUGAAGAAAAAGAUUCACGGAUUGGUUAACAGAGUCAACGCGAAGAAUCUUGUUCAAAUUGUCAGAGAACUUCUUCAAGAGAAUGUGAUUCGUUCAAAGGGACUUCUCUGCCGUGACAUUAUUCAAGCUCAGGCUUUCUCACCAGGAUUCUCUAACGUCUAUGCAGCUUUGGCGGCAGUUAUCAACUCGAAAUUCCCUCAUGUCGGUGAACUUCUUCUCCGUCGUCUGAUUGUACAGUUCAAAAGAAGUUUCCGUAGAAAUGACAGAGGCGUCACGGUGAACGUGAUCAAAUUCAUCGCACAUUUGAUUAAUCAACAAGUUGCUCACGAAGUUCUUGCGCUGGAAAUCAUGAUUCUGAUGCUUGAAGAACCAACUGAUGAUUCAGUUGAAGUCGCCAUUGCGUUCCUGAAAGAGUGUGGAGCAAAGCUUCUGGAGAUUGCUCCAGCAGCUCUUAACAGUGUCUACGACCGUCUUCGUGCAAUUCUCAUGGAAACUGAAAGAUCGGAAAAUGCACUGGAUCGACGUAUUCAGUAUAUGAUUGAGACUGCAAUGCAGAUUCGAAAGGACAAAUUUGCGGCGUAUCCGGCGGUCAUUGAAGACUUGGACUUGAUUGAGGAGGAGGAUCAGAUCAUCCAUACACUUAAUUUGGAGGAUGCGGUUGAUCCGGAAAAUGGGCUUAAUGUGUUCAAACUAGAUCCAGAAUUCGAAAAGAACGAGGAGGUUUAUGAGGAGAUCCGUAAGGAAAUCAUUGGAAACGCCGAUAUUUCGGAUGAGGAUGGUGGCGACGAGUUGGAUGAUGAAGAAGAGGGUAGUGAUGUGGAAGAGGCUCCGAAGAAGACUACAGAGAUUAUUGAUAAUACUGAUCAGAAUUUGACUGCUUUCAGAAGAGAAGUCUACCUGACAAUGCAAUCAUCUUUGGACUACCAAGAAGCUGCUCACAAAUUGCUGAAAAUGAAGAUUCCAGACAGCAUGCAGAACGAACUCUGCGCGAUGCUUGUCGAUUGUUGUGCUCAACAGCGUACCUACGAGCGAUUCUACGGAAUGCUCAUCGAACGUUUCUGCCGACUUCGCCUCGAAUACCAGCAAUACUUUGAAAAGCUCUGCCAGGACACGUAUUCCACGAUUCACCGAAUUGACAUCACAAAACUGCGGAAUUUGGCUCGCCUUAUUGCUCAUUUGCUCUCGACGGAUGCUAUUGACUGGAAGAUUUUGGCCGAUAUGAAAAUGACCGAAGAGGACACAACUUCUUCUGGCAGAAUCUAUAUUAAAUAUAUAUUUAAUGAACUUGUGGAGGCGAUGGGAAUGGUUAAACUUCAUUCGAGAGUUACUGAUCCAACUUUGGCUCAUUGCUUUGUUGGAUUAUUCCCACGAACUAAUCCGAACAGCGCACGAUUUUCGAUCAACUUCUUCACAAUGAUUGGAUUGGGUGGUUUGACGUUGGAACUUCGUGAAUGGCUGGCAAAGGGUCUCAAGAAGAAGAAGGGAAUGCUGGAUCAGUUGAAGGCCGAAUCAAGCUCAGAUUCAUCGUCGUCUUCGGAUUCGUCAGACUCGUCUGAUUCUUCGGAUUCUGACGAUUCAUCCGACUCGUCUUCAGAUUCCUCAUCUUCUUCAGAAUCAGAGCCAGAACCACCGAAGAAAAAGAAGAAGAAGAACAGUGAAGAGAGUUCCAAAAAGAAGGAAAAAGAGAAUAUUGGUCGACGGGAUCGUGGAGACAAGAGAGCUGAACGUCAUCGUGAUCAAAGUGUGGAGAACAAGGACAAGGAUCGUCGACGUCGCCAGGAUUCUGACGAAAAUCGUCGGCCAGAACGAGGAGAUGACCGCAAGGAUCGGAGUAAAGAUCGUCGUCGUCAAGACUCGGAUGAUGAGGAUCGGAAAGGUCGUGAACGUCGGGAAGAUUCAGGGGAAAGACGUCGCGGAGAUCGGGAUCGACGUGAUCGAAACAAGGAUCAGGAGGAUCACCGUGAAGAUCGCCGUGACCGAAGCAAGGAUCGUGAGGAUCGACGUGAUCGCCGUCGUCAUGACUCUGAUGAUGAUCGUAAAACUCGUCGGGAUAGAAGUGAAGAGCGAGGAGGACGUCGUCGUGAAGUGGAAUCGGAUGAUCGACGCCGACGUCGUUGAAUUUUCAAAUUUUAAAUACUGAAUAUUUGUUUUUUUUCCUAUUAUUUAUUUAUUCUCUUUGUGUUUUUUUUCUUGCUUUCUAAAAAAUUAAUUCAAUCCAAAUCUAA